CUCGGGGUACGUGUUUUGCCACGGCUGCUUCACCUCUUUCAAAGAGACACUCGCUCUUGGCGGGAGGCUAGGCUGCUUCCUCGGAGACCUUCCAGACACUAACUCUCCUGUAGGUGACCCUGUCCCGUGCCAGGAACUGCAGCAGGGCUCAGACAAUCCAGAGCGGGAGAAAUAAGCGAUUAUGUCCUUCCUCAGGCUGAAUAGCAAGGCUGGAUUCUCUCAGUCUUCCCUUGUUAGAUCUGAAAUCGCUCUUCCUGUGAACUUCAAGCUCUGCUAAUUGUAGAAGUGUCAUUUUUAUUUGCAGAUAAUCAUGCAGCAGGAGCAGAAGACCCAACUGAGCCGCAAACAACACUGGAAGUAAGCCGAUUUGAUUCUGACUGCAGACGGGAGCAGGAUGACUGGGCACAAAGAGCCUUAGCUAGCGGGAUUUCCGUAUGGUGUAUUUAUUUCAGCAUAUGGAUGUGCCUAGUGCCAAAACACCGCUGACAAACUGGCCUGCACCAGACUUCACCAGAGCAGCAAGAGCAGCUACGGCUGCCUGUAACCAGGCUAGCUACUGGUUACAGGUGCCUUAUUUCAGGAGCUGCUCGGGUGAAGCGUUAAUUCUCGGUAUUCACAGACUUCUCUAAUUUAAAGCUAGUCUCUUUCACAUUGCUCAACAAAUGCGAAGUGGUUAAUAUGAAUAUAAAUACAGUGAUCGCUUGAUUGUUUCAAUAUACCUCUAACCGCAUGCAGGGCUAGGACCAUACAAUAGGAGCCGUCACUCUUUACUGAUGUUUUUCAGUAAGAAAUCAGACUUGCAAAUCAAACUGCGAUUUCCACUUGAAUAAGGACUAGCAAAGUAUGUUUGGGUUUUGGUUUUAAUAUCAGUAUAGUUGCGUAACUCAGGUAUAUGAUGUACAGUACUUCUCUGCCUGCCUCUUUUCUUCCUCUUUCAUGUUUUGGGGAAUUUUCUUCCAAAGCAGAACACAUGGAAAGCUAGACAAAUUUUGCUCUAUGCACGUGCUCAUUCCUUUAGCUGAGAUUUUCACUGAGCUUCUGAAUUCCCAUGACCUAAGAAUGAUUCAUUCAGAGAAAAAGCCUUUGAUCUAUGUAAAGAAUUCGCACUAUUUAUUUUAAAGCACUUCUAAGUCAUUAGAGCUUAGCCAAUAUUACUUCUGUUAAUGCAGAAUACUAGGGUUUCCCUUUACUAAUACCAGAGACAGUCCAACUUUCUUAUGUUGUCCAACCAGUACACCACAGUCUAAACCAGAAAGAUGAUUUUUGGAACUGGAGUAUGAAUUCUAACAGAAGCAUAUUUGGUCUCAUUGCAAAGACUAAAAUCCAAAGUAAUGCCAGAUGUGACAGUGCUUUAUGUAGCGUGAGCAACUGUCUGUGAAGAACUAUGCCGAAAUCCUUCCAAUACUGCAAGUAAGUUUCUAAAUGGCCAUCGAAUGGUGAAAGAAGCGUUUGAUGAACUCCCGUUGACUCAGGCUGGGCGAAAACAAUUUUGGGACUGGAAAAGAAACGUAAUUUCAACUGAGAAAAUAGCCUAACUCAUCACAAUAUUUAAAACAAAAAAGCAACAAAAAAACCCCUACCUACCAAUUUUCUGAUAUUUAUUUUAUAUGUUUUAGAUUCUUCAGCAACAGCUGGAAUUAUUUCAGACAUUUCAGCAACAGAAUCUGGAGAGUAUUAACACGGUACAGUCUAAAAUCCGUGAGAUACUAAAUAAAAAUAUAUUUGAAAGGAAAACUCCACUAUGUAGUUCAGACAAGACUCUGAUGACUUGCACGCCAAGUGAUGGAUCUAUGCUUAUGGAAAAUCCUGAAUCGCUGCCUUCUAAGAGAAGAGUUCAUCAUGAUCAACAAUCCUGUUCAGAUGAGCAUGUGGAAGCAAAUGCCAAUACUGGAAAUGUUGUCAGUGAUAUAAAUAUUCCACAAGGGAUUUCGCUUAAAACUAUAGCAACUGAAAAGGUUGAAAAUGCAGACGAUCUGUUUGGAAACAACAGGAUACUCGCAAUAAAAGAUGAACAUAAACGUGGACGUUUGCUAUCUGGCACUGAUUCGGAGACAGAAAGGUUGAAGGCUGCCCAUGAGAAGGUCAUUUUGUGUGAAUGUAAACAUCAUAUACCUUUUCCCAAAUUUGGGAAAGAAUUUCAUAAAAUAGACAAUACUAACUAUCCUACCACGUUGCUGAAACAAGCAUUUCAGAAGUCAGUCCAUAAUGAUUUGGAUACAGAAAAAUCUGGGGGUUUAUACAGAGAAAAAUUAAAUAACUUCAAAGAAAGUGCAGAAAUUGUGACCUCUCUAGAUGAAUCACAUCUGGGUUUAGUUCCAGUUAAAGAAAAUGGCCUGUAUUUUGAUCUAGAAUUUUAUAAAGACUCCAGAUGUGCCAAUGUAUGGUGUGGUUCUCCUACAACAGCCUACAGUGAAAAAGCAGAAUCUCAAAGCAAAAAUGUACACAAAGAAUUUAGAAUCAAUUACAGUGAAGGUGACAGAUUCCAGGUUAAUUCUUUUUCCGAGAUGGUGAAAGAUAGGCUACUAAUGCUUGAUAACAAAAGGCAACCAAAAAAAGAAAAAGAAAAACAACAGACUCCUUUAAAUCAAACGUUACCGAGGCCAGGAAAUCAGAAGUUCAGCGAAAUCAAAGUAGCCUCUGAAUAUGAUGGCAAAAUUGAAGCAUUGCAAAAGUCCCUGAAAAAUUCUGAGCAUUUGCAAAAAACAGUACGUGAUCUUCUGAAUGAAAAUGUAGCUCUCAGGAACAAAGUGGAACCUCUUACUGUUGCCAUACAGUCUUCAAAAGAAAAAAUAUCAAAAUGUAAUAUGCAAAUUAAGGAUUUAGCUGAAGAAAAGAAAAGUAUGCAAAUCCAGUUGGUUAAAUCACAAGAAGAUAACAAGGAAUGUAUUAAGGAAGCAAAGAACUUCUUAAGGAAAUGUAAAGAACUCCAAAACCAGAAAAACAUCCUUGACAAAGAGAGGAAUCGACUCCAUAAUGGAAACCAACAUUCAAUACAGACACAACAUGAUUUUCAAAUUAGGAACCAGAAAGUAGAAGAAAAGAUGACUGCUGUUACCUGUGAAGGAGAGAGGCUCGGUACAAUGCUAAAGCUCUUGCAAAAGGAAUGCUUCGAGUUACAAGAAACAAAUAAAAAACUUAGGACAGAAAUAUCCCAGCUUACAAAAGAAAAUAGUUCCCUAGAGCAAGAUCUUGAAAGAAAUCAGAGUGAAAUGCAACAAAUAAAAGAAAAAGGAACCGCAACGAAAUCUGAACUGGAAACUCAUCUUCAGUUAAUGCAAACACUGGAAGCCAAAAAACUUAACCUUGAAAUGACCCUGCAGGAAUGUUUUGAUACUAACCAGAUGCUGCAGAAGGACUUCGAGAAACUCCAAUCAGAUAAAGCUUAUACAGAAAAGAAACUCAUGGCUGAACUCAGAAAUGCAAAAGCAGAUAUCUAUCUUUUAAAGUCUAACUUGACCAGUGCAAACAGAGAAUGCAAGAGGUUUUCAACAGCAGUAACAAAUGUCACAGGGGAAAAUCAGUUCCUUAAGAAAGAACUGCGGGAGUAUAGACAAGACACUUCCAAAUAUGAAAGUGACAUUAGAAAAUUGACCGAAAAACGCUUACUAUUAGAAAAUCUCCUGUGGACUACUGAAAAUGAGAGAGAUGUAUUACAGUUUGAAUUCCGCCAUUUGCAUAAGGGUUAUAUUUAUCUCUGAUGCCAAGCUACAGCUGUAGUCUGUGGGCAAAGGAAACCUGGUUACCAGGUACCAUGGUACUCGUACCACGCAAUAUAACUGUUACUCUGAAUAUUCCACUAGAAUGUGUACAGAAAUUUCUGUUCUAAGUAUAAAGCCUUGGAAUACGAUUCACAAGGUAUGAGCUUUAUUCUGCAAUAUCUUAUUAGCUGAUUUUCUUUUCCAGGCAAUUCCUAAUAAUCUACAACAGUCCAUUGCUUCAAAUAAAUCGUAAUAAACCGUUUUCUUU